AUGGUUGUGCUGCGCUAUGAAAUCAACUACUUUGAAGUUAUCCGUCGUAAUGAUACAUGCUUUACAUCCUCUGUGAUACCGAGAACAAUACCAUCUCCAGUUAUUAUUCUUGGCCGUUACUUGACGGUUAUACCAAGAAAUUACCAAAGAAAAACCGAGAUUAAGUAUAAAUUAGAAGAUUUGGAGCGAGCUUUUCAAGCCGUCAAUAGUAAAACACUGACACUGGGAAAAGCAGCUUCUAUUUAUUCCGUCCCAAAAAUCACAAUAUAUGACUAUCUCAAGAAAGAUGCAAUUAAAACUCCAAAUACAGGAAGAAAAGAUAUAUUUUCUGAAGAACAAGAAAAAGAAUUAGUAAAAACAAAAAAU